AUGGAAAGACUUUUCCUUAUUUUUAUCCUCCCUUUCACAACUCAGGCCAUUCAUCAAUACAUAGUCGGAGGCAAAGUCGAGGAUACUGUGCGGAACGAGUGCGAAAUUUUUCAGUAUAAGGCCAACUACAAGCCUCUUUCAAUUGAAUUCGAGUCUGGUUCUCCUCUUUACUAUUAUAUCAUUUCCACAAUCCCAAGUGAGACUUGUCCAAAAGACUGCGACCCAAGUGAUUUAUACUGCAAUAAAUCCAGAGCCAAGAAAUUUAAAGAAAUAGUUUCAGUCUGCACAGAAUCUGUUUACCUUUACUUUGUUCCAAAUAUGGACAAAAAUGUAGUAAGGCCUGUGAACUACACGAUAAAGACUGACUAUUUGCAAAAUUCCCCAUGUGAAGGGUUUGACAGAACUCCUGCGAAUUUCUGCAAGAUGCUGCCAGCAGACGAAUGCUUGAAUAAUUGCGAUAAAGGAUGUGGCCUGCUGCAUUGCUACUAUAAGAAAAAUAUGAAAUGGGAAGAAGCUUUUAAUAUGUGCUUGCCUGACACAGUUAACUCAGCAGAAAAAAAGAUGAGGUGUGAGGCUUAUGAUAAAGCAAUUCACCAUACGUGGGAAGGAUGCGGGACUGAGGAAUCUGGAAGUGCUUGGCUAUUUUGGCUCAUUUUCUUCGUGAUUUUAGGAAGUAUUGCCCUUUUUUUAGGAGUCACAGUGUUUUAUUACAGAUAUAUGCUGAAGAAAACUGGUAGGGCACCAUUCACAGUUCCAACUUUUUGUCCUCAGCUCUUUUUCCCCAGGCCAAAGUUCGAUGAAGGGCAAGCUUUAAGAAUAAUUCAAUAA